AUGGAGCCUGAAAAUCUCCAUCACCAACAUCAGCUCCAAGGUCAGCUUGUUGGGACUUCUCCUUUCGCUACCCCAUCUUUUUAUGGAGGUGGAAACGCCCAUGAUUGGACAUCUAAUACCAUUUUUGUCAGCAACUUCAAUCCGUAUAUCAAUGGAAGCAUCGCAAAUUCAAUCCGUAAUUUGGACCCCUCUUUGAACAGUUCUAUGACUCAGGGCUUGGACUUUCACUGGACUAAGGAAGGGCUCUCAGAUGAUUCCUAUCAGAAAUUCAACGAAAUGACAAACAGCCCUUCAUCGAGCAUAGAAGAUUUACACUUACAACCCCCAAGCUCCAUAAAUAACUGGCAAAUGUAUUUCAAUGAUCUGAGUGAGAAACUCUUGCUUAGGAGAACCUUUUCUUAUGAUUCCCAAGUUGAUAGACUUCAACUUGAAGCUGGAAAAUUCUACUCCAACUCCAACCCACAAUACUAUUAUAAUUUACGUCCUAGCCCAGGGAUUUUCAGCCAGAUUCAUCCGACCAUAAAUAUUUCGGGCUUGAAUCAAUUGUCUUCGGCGAUUUCAAGCUCUUCAGACAUGAGAUUGCAAGUUUUGGAUCUCUUAAGCUCUGGAAGAUUCAGUGAAAGUUUUAGCCAGCCCUUACAUGAGCACCUUGGUCCAUUCGAAGACAGUCUAUAUGGUUAUGAUACUAUGCAGGAGCUAAGUCACAGGCCAUCUAAUAUCUCUAGUAAAAUUUCAUCAUCCUACACAAAUGGAGUUAUUGCAGAAGCAAAAAGAAGCAGCAGUUUUUUGGAGCCAAAGGCACCUCAAGCAGCACCACCAAAGAAAUCACGAUUGGAGUCACACUCUUCCUGCUCACCCUUUAAGGUGAGAAAAGAGAAACUAGGUGAUAGAAUUGCAGGUCUUCAGAAGCUGGUGGCACCUUUUGGCAAGACAGAUACAGCAUCCGUACUGAUGGAGGCCAUUGGAUACAUCAAACUCCUUCAAAACCAGGUCGAGACGCUAAGUGUCCCAUACAUGAAGUCAUCAGACAUCAACAGCAGUUGUAUAACAUUGCAAGGGGGUUCCAAGGAGGAAGGAACUGAAGAACCAAAUCGAGAUCUUAGAAGCCGAGGGCUGUGUCUGGUGCCCUUGUCAUGCUUGUCCUACGUUACCACCGAUGGUGGUGGAGGUGUUUGGCCACCCCUUAACUUCGGUUGAAGGAGGCAUGCAUGAAUCUGUAAUUCAAAAAGCUGUAUUUAGUGGAGCAAAUUUGGUCAUCCUGUGUGAAAGGAAGAUUCAAGGAUGGACCAAGUUUGAUCCAUUUAAUCAUAUUUAUUUGUUAGUUUUUUCAUUACCCAGCUUUCAUAUUGCUUGUGUACACUAAUUUAUUAAUGAGC